AUGGAUGACAGUUCUGCAAACCUUUUCAACUUCGUGAUCGGCGUGUUUGGUUUCGCCACCACAAUUGCCUCUACCGCUCUCUACUGUCGCUCCUAUCUUCCAGGGACUCAAAUGAAGAUUCUCGACGAGCUCCUAAAGGAAACUAGGACUAUCUUUGAAACUGCAGAUACCGACGGUUUAUUUCCGUCUGACGCUUUCCGAAAGACUUCCUUGACAUUGCUUACCUGCUCAGAAGAGUCCGGCGCAUCGCUUCGCGAAAGAACUUAUAAUGCGACGACAGCUGUCCAAGAGUACCUGGCUUUAUUCAACGGACUUUCACGAAAAAUAAUCUACCUGUCCGUUCGUGUCAAGGACUUGCGGGCUUCCUUAAUUUCCACAAGCGAGAGAGAACGGCGCAACAGACGAGCAGGAAACGCCAGACACUUUACCCAUUCAAAUGACAGCCGCUCAGUCGACACAACCACUUCCCAGCUGGCAUCGUCCGAUCCUCCUAGAAUUCCGGAGCGCACCUCAAGGGGUUUAAACGUUAGCCGUGGCUCUGAUAGACGCCGUGGACGAUCUGCUUCCUGCCCUUCUGCCGUGAGUGAUCCUAGCUUGAAGGAGAAUCCUGAGCGUUUGCCAGGAUACAACUGUCAAGACAUCGAGCGAGAUGAUGCUCUGGUCACAGAAAUCAAUUCCAGUAACUCAUCCUCAGAGACCACCGAUAACCUUAGUCGAUCCUCCACGCUAAUCGAUACCCCAGCUCGAGGAAUCCUUAAUUCAACACUUGGCCAGUUCUAUAGCUGGACGACGUCCAAUCAGUCAAAAGAAUAUAGCUUGGACCCUCAUACGCACGACUAUGACAUCGCCAGACUGCCGGUUGAAGAUGAACUUCUAUCUUUGACGGAAGGAAAAAUGAGAAACCAAAUUUCGUUAUUUAUUGGCGACAUUCGCCGAAGGGCAGGUUUAGAUCAGGCGUUGGAGCAGUAUUUUGAUCCUGAAAUCAAGGCGUAUGGUGCAAGGCAUUAUGACUUGAAUGCUAACCCUCCGUCAAUCCUCCGCCACAUGGGAAAUCGCCGUCCAGACACCGGAUACUGGACAGCGACCUUUAUAAUCUCCGAAGCCGCCGCAGAACAACUGUUGGGAGGAUCACUGAAUACUGCUGCCAGUCUCAUGAUAGGCUUGUGGGGAUUUUCUCAUGUUCCCAUUGCCGCUGCCGCUUGGGAUGUUGUGUGCACAACGUCUACGUCCGGCGAGGUUGUGUGCAGAGACAGAUUUCCGUUCACUGCCCGACUGGCAAUCUGGGGCGUCGGAGCUGCCCUUGUCCUCAUGGCGUUAAGUAUCUUUCUCUGCGUCAGACGUCAGCGCGCUAGGUCGGAUGCGGCAGCGUCUGAGUACAAUGUGGAAGCGAACCAAGUACAGGGCCCACCCACAAUCAUUGCCACGUCUUAUGAUCCUGCUUCUGGGGGUGCUUCGGGCGUUUAUGAAGGGCCUAACGACAAGCCAGAAAUGACUGGCCCAGCUUAUCCUGUCGCGGCGCAGCCACAGUCGGCACCAUUGUAUCCUGGCGGUCCCCCCGGUUACGGAAGUCAGCCACAGACGGCUCCUGCAAACAGGGUCGCUUUCACCGAGCAGGGCUAUCCGUUCAGCGGCUAUUCACCCUCGCUGCAUGGUCGUUACGUCCUCUCAUCGCCCAACCCGAUGCCCAGCAUAUUCUCUCGUUCACGCACUAACUCUACGCCCAAGAAGUCUUCUCUCAUCCCUGACGACACCUACAACCUAGGCGCUUUCGACGAGUUUGGGAGAGUUUCCAGCAGGCUCUCCAAUCGCCCUUUCAGUCCCUCGACUCCUUCGAAGAAAGAUAAGAAGAAGGGAAAGGGUCAUUCUUCCAGAGAGGCGGAAGCUGAGCUCAGCGCGGAACUACCUUUCCCUGACGGUACCUUCCUGCCACUGAACCUCGAGCGACCUAGGACGGGCACCACCGCCGCUGAGCAUUCCAAAGAGCAUGAUUACGGGUAUCUCUCGUACGAGCGACACGUGGUCCUAGGACUGGACCAGGUAACGCAGCUCAUCGACGUCGUUUCUGAGGAACUGGAAACACGAGGUGGAAUCACGACACCAUUUAUUUUUUCUACAACGGCGCUGGAUAUAUCGUCAUCUGCUAUCAAAAGAAUAAUCCGAUCUUUUAUUAAUACAUGUGCGGCGACUACGACCAACGCAGCACAGGAGGCCGACAGGAAAUGGAGGGAGGAGGCGAAAUUUGCGGGUCCUCAUGAACUGGGAAUGUGUCUACGGUGGGGACUGGCGAGAGUCAUACGUUCUGUGGCUGGCCAGGACGUCCGUGGGCUUGUUUCUUGGGACCAUUACGUCGAAUUUCGCGAUUCAGAAGCAGCUAAUGGUUACCCUCCUGCCCAUUUCGAAUCCUUCUUACCCGAUCUGCCACAUCCCCUCCAAUCUAUCAUUGUGAGGUUGUUUACGCUCCUCUCUCGCAUUGUUGCAAAUAGCACAACAUCCGGUCACACUCCCCCAACACUAUCACCACUCUUUGGACCCCUUCUUUUCGGCCUUGGCCCUGCUACUCUUGCUUUUCAUCAUGCCUAUAUCCACUAUCUGCGCUCUGUCAUUGCUAUGGACCACCUUCUUUUAGCCUUCAUACGAUGGCAAGAUACACCCCGUUUAACUGCCUCUGCUGGCGCCAGUGCCACGGGAUUGGGUGUUCCCAUUAGACUUAAGGAAUGGAUCAAAGGAUACCCGUCUAUGCUGCCAUUCUUAGAGCAGAAAAAUGCACGGCCGCAGCCGAGGAAGGGUGCAAGGACUGUUAGAGUCAUGAGCGUUCGAAGGAACGUGCGUAUCUAUUCUCCAGAUCUAGUGAAAACAGCCUCUAUGUGGGCACACCGCGGCGCCCACUCCAAUGUCAGCAACGGAUUGGCAUCGUCUAAGGAGUGGGAUAGAAUUGCCCCUGCAACACUCAAGCUACCCCCGAGAUAUUCAGAUGGUUACAAACAGCGCAUGGACCUACCGCCAAAUUUCCACCCAGACACUGCUCCGGGGACUGCCUAUGCCCCUACAGGGAUGAAUCCCCAACCCACGUCGUCCUACUCCUCUGCGACAUCGGCCACCAGUGCGACUAGUUUCGAAAGUGAUGGGGAUUACUUUGGCCUCAGUGGCAGAGAUGGGGAUGACCGCUUCCGUAGUUUAACUGACUUGAAGUGGGGAGAGUUUGAAUCUAUGGGAUUCAGUGGUUUAGGGGACGAAAAGAAGUUGCAGUUUGAUCUGACCGAGACGGCUCGUGUUGAACGCGCUCAGAAGCGACAGACCCUUUCUUGGACCGAUUUUUCCUCAGCGGGAUUUACUCGCAUGGACGCGCCUCUGAGUGCCACCUUGCAGUUUAGCACGCCGCUCAAUCAUACGAUCUCAACAUGGCCUGCUCAGAGCGUUGAAAUGAACAAAAAGUUAAAGAAAUCUCAAAAGUCUCUGCCUGCGUUUGGUUGGGACACCGAGCCAGUUAUUGGAUCUGAAGAGGUGAUUGAGGAAUCGUUUUUGGACGUCUUCUGCGACCUAGUUUAUGGUGGAGGUUGGAUGGAUCUCGAACGAGGUGAACAACUUGAUCGAGAUUGUAAUUGGGCACUGGUGGAAUACAAAUCCCUACCACCCUCUCGCACUACUGCGAGUGGAACCUCUGAUCCAAGAGUUUCUACGACACUGAUCCUUUUUGAGGAGUUCGUUCCACUCGAGUAUCGACAACAGUUGGCGGUCAAGUCCUCUAGUCGACGUCGCUUGCCUUCUCUAUUUUCCGCGUCAAGCAAAUCUAAGCAAUGGAAGCAAGCACCCACGCUCAAUGGUCGACCAUAUGUCGUAGGUCACGUGCCGCGUAGUCCCUCAUACCGCGAAGUAGAGUUUGAAGGCCUACUGCACGGUGGUAGCACCACCAAGCUUAUAUCUUUGAACAAGACACCCAGGAUUACAUCUACCAUUUCCAAUGCUCCCAGCGAAUUCCCUGCCCUAUCACCCACGAUAAGCCGUGGCCCUCCCCUCCUUGCUCCAGAAACUGAGAACAUACCCACCGCCCGCAGCGACGAGGUGAACUCUGACUCCACCCACUCACACACACCAUCGCAUCGCAAGUCGCGUUUUAGACUGCCAGGCGGGAUUCCCGUUCCCAGCCCUGGCUCGCACCGUAAAUCGGGUAUGAUCCCAGCUGAAUACUCCACCGUGGAAUUCCAGACUAGGAUGGCAUCUUAUAGCGACGAUGAAUGGACUGGAGACCUUCAAGAGCCGGAAGACGUCAAGCAGAAGCGAAGAGAAAGUCGCGCUGACGCAUGGGUGGAUAUCUUGGUUGAGAGCCAGGAUCGGAGGAUAGGCGGACAAGAUGCAGAGCUCAGCCCUGGUGAAAGACGUAAGGCAGCCAAAAACCGCCGCUCUGACCCCGAGAUGGCGAGCAUGGAAGUCGCACAAGUUCUUGCCGCGGUCCAGAAUAGGUCACCUUCCCCUCCAAGUGUUAUGGAACGUGUCGAUCGUGACUAUGGAAUCGAUCAACAUAUAUAUGAUCUGGAUGUCGAUGAAGUCGAGAUCGUUCCCAGGACUAGUGAAUCGCGGACUGCUGAAACCGAUAAUAGCUCUAUCAAUGAAGAACCAAGACACCCCAUUCAAGUUAUUGUGGACGAGGAGCCAGCUAUUGAACCAAUUUUGAGUGCGCGCCAGAUGGCAAGACAACAGCGUCGUCUCGGUUACUUCGAUCUUCAUCCAGAACGUAAACAAGCCUUGGCAGCGAAGACGGAAGAGGAGGACGACCCUCGAGCGUUACUGGGGAAGGAUGAGAGCGACGACGAGAUUGACGACGAAGGCAUAUAUGGAUCACCUGAUCGCAUUCGACCUCUGCCCGUACCACCCGUCGCUGCAAAUCCCAUUGCGACCAUACAUGAACCUUCACCUGUAGCCCACUCAUUGAAAACAGCGGGGGAUCUCUCUCAAAUUGAACACAAUGCUCUGGAACACAAACGAUCAGGCAACUUUGGUACCCCUGAAAAAACCCUCCCUGCUCACAAUGGUAACGGACUGCACGUCGAGUCUACGUCUCCUGCCCCCAGCAAGACAGCGGCCCUUAUUGAAAUGUAUCGAGAACGUGAACGGGGUACCCCCCCAAGGCCCUCUCUGCCAUCAGUACCGAUCGUCGUCGCGCCACUUGCACCAUCUAGGCUACCAAGACCCUUACAAAACGAAAACCUAACCCCACCGCAACCACAAGUCCAACCUACGACAACCUCUCCUCAACCCUCCCCUAAACCUUCUCCCCAGGAAACAUCCCUCAUCGAUCUUCCACAUGUGACACUUGACGAAACCGGCCGAUCUAGCCCUGCUCGAUAUGUCCAUGGCGCACCUCUUCAUAACGUUCUUGAAGAGGAGGAGGAGGAGAUUUAACCUUCUUAACAACCCCUUUAACCUAGCUGGAUCGCGUAAAUAUGGAAACCUUAGGCGGUCGCUGUCCAACUCCACCAUGCUCGAGGGCAUAAUAUACCUUUUUUUACCUUCAAUACAUUGCUACUCGACACUAUCAUGCAGACGCCGGUUCCACCCACUACCUCCCAUACUCACAAACUCAAAUCCCUCACGCUCAUUUGAAAGUUUCGCUCAACUCCCCGGAUUUCCGCCCGUACUGAUAUUUUAUCACCAUGUUGUUUUUCCACUCGUACAUAUGCCAGCUUUCUCUUUUGUCCUGACUCCCAAUGCUUCGUCAUAUAGUUGAGAGCUUCCUAUUCGUAAUCGUGUUAACUAGCAAAAUUCGAACAGUUU